AUGGGAGAAGCCAUACCAAAGGAAGUGAAGGAUCUGUGGGACCGAUGGAACAUUCGUGGCCUCGUGAUUCUUACCAACUGGGCAGCAGAAUACCGUGGGGCAGAUCUCGGAGAGCCAAGGAGACGAACCACAACCCAAGAACAACGAUCUAUUAGCUUUUGGGCAACUUUCCUUCUCUUGCACCUUGGUGGUCCUGACACCAUCACGGCUCUUGCUCUCGAGGACAAUGACCUCUGGCUCAGGAGCUUGUUCGGUCUUGUUUGCCAAGCAAUCAUCACUAUCUACGUCUUCUUGCUCUCCAUACCCAACAAUCUCUUGGUGCCCACAUCGCUCAUGCUCGUAGCUGGAGUCAUCAAGUAUGUUGAGAGGAUAAAAGCAUUGCGGGUGCGAAUCUUGAAACUUCAAGCCUCGAUGCUCAGGGAGCCUGAUCCUGGACCAGAUUACGCGAGGAUCGAGGAGUCCGAGAAAGGCAAGAAACCUGAGGUUUUUGUGAGGCCAAAUACACGGCUGACAGAUCUCGAGGUUGUCCAAUAUGCGUAUAAGUACUUCAAUAUCUUCAAAGGUCUUGUGGUUGAUCUCAUCUUUAGCUCUCAGUCUGAUCAGUGGAACAGCAGCAAAGAGUUCUUGCUCUUAUCAAAACCAGAGGAAGCUUUGAGGGUUCUAGAGGUGGAGCUCAGCUUCAUCUAUGGCACCUUUUACACCAAAGUUGACAUUCUGCAUACCCGGAUUGGAGUUGCUUUCCGCUUCCUUGCAUUGGCAUCCCUUAUAUCAUCCCUCUGUAUCUUUACAACAAGGAAAAAAAAUGAUUACAGCAGCUUCGAUGUGGGCCUAACUUACGCUUUGCUCAUAGGUGGAAUAGCACUUGAUUUUGUUGCUAUUUUCAUCUUCUGUGUCUCUGACUGGACAUUUGCCAGAUUUACAAAGCCAAAGGAGGACGUGGAAGAUACGGACACCCGACUCGAUGCAGUUAUCAACCUGAUCCUCGGUUUCAGGAAGCUGAAGUGGAAGGACUGCAACUGCUCCAACAAAAAAGGCAUUUGUCAGGUGCUUGACAGAAAAUUCAUAUUUCGUAGAUGGUCUGAACACAUAUAUGCGUACAACCUGAUAGGGUACUCCCUGGGGAUAAAACCUGAGAAAAUACACAAAACCAAGGGCUGCAUUCAAGGCUUCUUUCAAGCUAGCAUUCGGAGUUUGUAUAUUGAUCACACCAUCCAGAAGAUCAACUCCUGUUUCAGGACAAUGAAACAAAACACUGAUCACGGUCGUAGGCAGCUGAUUUCUGUGCUGUACUGUCUUCUUUACCCUUUCAAGCUGUUUGGUAACUUCUGGUUUGAAAUCCAAAUGGUCAACUAUGUCUUGGACCUCUUUGGCAUCUCAGAUCAGCUCAACGAGAUGAUAUAUACAUCACGUGAUCGCAUCACAAGAGAGAUGUGGGAGUUCGUAUAUAAAGAGAUUAAGGAGAGAUCCGAUAUUGCUGAUGGCGCGGAAAGUGACAGCAGGGUAUAUUCAGGGAGAGGUGAGUGGGUGUUGCGCAAAAUUAUAAUCGAAAAAGCUAAGAAUAGUGCAGAGAAUCUAAACCUGCUGCAUUCCGUGACUCUAGUAGACUAUGAUCAGAGCAUUCUUAUGUGGCAUAUCGCAACUGAACUCUUAUACCAAACCAAAGAAGGCACUGAAGAGAAUCAUAGCAAACGCCAGUUCAGCAAAACCCUUUCAGACUACUUGAUGUACCUUCUAGUUCUACAGCCUGCUCUGAUGUCAACAGUCGCAGGAAUCGAUAAGAUGAGAUUCUUGGAGGCCAUAGCAGACGCUAAGAAAUUUACGGAUGGUAAGAAGUUCUUCAAGAAGAAUGAUAUUGAUAAGUCAAGAAACGCGAAGCUGGCCUGCGAGCAGAUUUUAUCUUCCUUCAGUGAGUUAAAGGAAACAAAAGGGAAGAGAUAUCAACGCAGGAACGUGCUAACUGAUGCAAGUAAACUAGCAAAAACGCUUAACCAGCUGAAUGGGGAAGGAGGAGGAGAAGAAGUGAUGUGGGAGGUAGUGAGCAGAGUGUGGGUUGAGAUGCUUUGCUAUGCAGCAACUCACUGUGACCCUAAACAACAUGUUGCGCAACUGAGCAGAGGUGGUGAAUUCAUCAGUUUUGUUUGGAUACUGAUGGCUCAUUUUGGCCUUGGAGUUCAAUUCCAGACAACAGAGGGGAAUGGUAGAGCUAAACUGAUUGUAGUCAAGUGA